UAUGUUCGGUGCAUUUUCCUACUAAGAUCAGUUUGUGAGCAGAGGUCGUGAAGAUGAAAACUCAAGUCUAUUGCUUGCUGAGUGUUUGUGUCGUUUUAUUAAGUCUGGCUGGAUGUUUGACGCCAACCGCAGCAGCUCCAGGACGAAACCUAACAGUGGUCAGUCACUGUCCGAGGAAGCUGACAGUUGUGCCAUCCAGUCAUGGAUGUCUUUCAGAUGAAGACUGUACUGGACAACACAAAUGUUGUGUGUUUGACUGUGGAGCUGUGUGUGUGCCACCUGCUUACACAAAGACUGGAAUCUGUCCUCGCAGAAGUUUUGGAGCAGGAAUGUGUGCCGAGUUCUGUGCCAAUGACAGCAACUGCCCGGGAAAUGAGAAAUGCUGCAGCAAUGGUUGUGGACAUGAAUGUACUGCACCAUAUACAGUGAAACCUGGUCGGUGCUCCCUACCAAAGGGGACACCAAUGUGUGCCGAAUACUGUUACCACGAUGGCCAGUGCCCUGCAGAACAGAAAUGUUGCCCAACCACCUGUGGUCACGCAUGCAGCGAGCCAUGCUGACUUCAGAGUCAUGGAGGAAUCAAUUUUGUUUACACUGAAUACUUUAACUGUUUUGUUUUGCCUUGUUUGUAACCACCAAAUAAAUCUUUAAAAUGUCCAUA